GCCGAGCGAGCGAUCGGCGGCCCCGCCCCGGCGCCAUCUCCCUGACCCGCGCAUCCCGCCCAGCACCGGCUCAGCUCGGAACUCCCCCCGCCUCAGCACACGUCUUGGGUGGCUAAUGUAGCCUCAACCCUCACACAUCCGAACCAGGGUGCAGUUACCUGCACAUCUGCCCGGCUGCCAACCUGCUCCUCUUUCUACUUCCGUCUCACCUCACGGUGUCUGCUGCGGCCACCUGAACUUACAGGAUGUUUCACGGGAUCCCAGCCACUCCAGGCAUGGGAGCCCCAGGAAACAAGCCAGAACUGUACGAGGAAGUGAAGCUGUACAAGAACGCGCGGGAGCGGGAGAAGUACGACAACAUGGCCGAGCUGUUUGCCGUUGUGAAGACCAUGCAGGCCCUGGAGAAGGCCUACAUCAAGGACUGCGUCACCCCCAACGAGUACACGGCGGCCUGCUCCCGCCUCCUGGUUCAGUACAAAGCCGCCUUCCGGCAGGUCCAGGGCUCAGAGAUCAGCUCCAUUGAUGAGUUCUGCCGCAAGUUCCGCCUGGACUGCCCGCUGGCCAUGGAGAGGAUCAAGGAGGACAGGCCCAUCACCAUCAAGGACGACAAGGGCAACCUCAACCGCUGCAUCGCCGACGUGGUCUCGCUCUUCAUCACGGUGAUGGACAAGCUGCGCCUGGAGAUCCGCGCCAUGGACGAGAUCCAGCCGGACCUGCGGGAGCUGAUGGAGACCAUGCACCGCAUGAGCCACCUGCCUCCCGACUUCGAGGGCCGCCAGACAGUCAGCCAGUGGCUGCAGACGCUGAGCGGCAUGUCUGCCUCCGACGAGCUGGAUGACUCCCAAGUGCGCCAGAUGCUGUUCGACCUGGAGUCGGCCUACAACGCCUUCAACCGCUUCCUCCACGCCUGAUCCCGCCAGCCCGCCCCGCAGCCUCUCAGGGUGGUCUGCUUCCCUCCGACCGCGGGACUCGGCACAGCAGCCCUGCCUGUCUGUCCACAGGGCCUUGACCCAGGAGUCCCUUCCCCAUAAUAAAGAUGUUUCCUGC